CAUCGACGGUGCUGCCACCACUGCGAGAACACUUCCUUUUCCACCAAACGUGCUGAUUCGUGGAGCAUCAGAAAUGCCUGCGGCCGCUAAGAAGCCUGCUGAGGGGAAGAAACUCCCCGCGGUGCCAGAAUCGAAGCUGAAAGUGGCGAAAACUCUGACGUCGCACAAGGACCGUGCAUUGAAGAUUAAGUUGCUGAAGAGGACCAAGGUGCUCCUCAGGAAGCGCGAGAACUUCCGUCGUGCCGAGCAGUACGCCCGGGAGUACAAGAAGAAGGAGCGCGAUGUCAUCGAGCUGAAGAGGCAGGCGAAGAAGGAUGGCACAUACUAUAUUCCGGCUGAACCCACGCUGGCGUUUGUUGUCCGCAUCCGCGGUAUCAACAAAGUCGCCCCGAAGGUCCGGAAGGUCCUGCAGCUGUUCCGCCUGCGGCAGAUCAACAACGGCGUGUUCGUGAAGCUCAACAAGGCCACCAUCAACAUGCUGCGGAUCUGCGAGCCCUACAUCGCCUGGGGCUAUCCCAACCUCAAGUCCAUCCGCGACCUGAUCUACAAGCGCGGCUUCCUGAAGAUCAAGGGCCAGCGCAUUCCGAUCACCGACAACCUGCUGAUCGAGCGCAAGCUCAAGAAGCGCAACAUGCAGUGCGUGGAGGAUGUCGUGCACGAGAUCUACACCGUCGGGCCGCACUUCAAGCACGCCACCAACUUCCUGUGGCCCUUCAAGCUCAACACGCCCAACGGCGGCUGGCGCAAGAAGAAUAACCACUACGUGGAGGGCGGCGACUUCGGCAACCGCGAGGACAAGAUCAACGCUCUGCUCAAGAGGAUGAUCUAAGCCAGAGACAGUUUUCGCGAAUAAAGAGUCUGAGACGAAAAUACCAGGAAAA